AUGGCGCGAUACGGAACCUUUGAUGCUCUGAUGUGCAGAGCGUUUCCUACCACUUUGAGAGGGCCGGCCCACGCGUGGUAUGGCGGCCUGAAGACCGGGACUAUCACUUCCUUCGACCAGCUCGCCAAUGACUUCGAUCUCCACUUCGUAGCCUAUGCACGGCCAAAGCCUUCCGCGGCACUACUCCUCGGACUCAAACAAAAGGAGGACGAGCCACUCUCACAUUUUGUGGAUCGCUUUGCCAUGCAAAUCCGGGGUUUGCCGGACACUCAUCCCUCUCUGUUAGUGCAGGCGUUUAUAAUGGGCCUGCGACCUUCUAGACUCCUCUGGUCUCUCGUGGAGCGACCCCCCACCACGGUGCUAGAGAUGCUUCAGCGGGCUAACCAGUACAUCGCGGCGGAGGCCUGGGCGGCCGUAGGGAGAAGGGACGACAUUCGGCAGCGGGCUCUAUAG